GGGCUGUUGAAGGACUGAAAGAGCUGUGGAGACAAGUGAGAAAGAUGAGCGAGAGAGGAUGGGUGGGGUUACUUGACUACCUCAGCAGACUGUGAGGGGAGCAAGGGUUGUCGCUGUCUGUUUCUUUUCUUAAUCCCUAAAUCUUCUGUAAUCGGGAUGAGAGAGCGAGGGCAUGCUGCCUGAUUUAGGACCGAAAUCUAUGUUAGGACUAACUGGCCAUUACAAGAGAUGGAGGGAGGGGACAGAGUGGAGCCACAGCCACUUUGGGGAACUUAAACUGAACCAAAUUCUCAAAAGAGAAGGAGUCCAACACAACAAGAUGCUUGAGUCAGUCAUCCACACUGAGAGAAAGGAAGAGGACCCUCUAAGGUUGGAUUCUUUUAGACUUUCUUCUUGCUAUCUCCAUCAACGGAAUGUAAAUGGACAGCUCUUUCUGGACUCAAAGAAGCUGCCUGGUGAAAUUGUGACAUGCGUCAGCGCAGCGGCUACAUGAUCACUCCAAUGUAAAGGAAUGCAAGUUUCCUGGAUUUUUUUUUUUUUUUUUUUGGGAGAAAGGUUUUUCAGACUAACCAAUCACACAGGGUAUCACCUCUUGAUGCAUGAUUUUUGGAAGAUUUAAGUGACCAUGAAAAUCCCAAAUAUCAGAGACGACAUACUGCAAGCAUGUGAUAUAAGCCUUGACUCAUGUAUUAUUGCCAUCAGGCUGCCAGGAAGAGUCACCAUCACUUCUGUUACAUGUCACUCAACAGCAUGGCUGAGGGGUGGACAUCUGACUCGCAAUAAACCACCAAAUUGCUUACUGUAUCUUUGAUGAAGCUGCUGAGGCCUUAAUGCAUUCUGGUGUUGUCUUGCUGGUCACUUUGAGAACAGAGGACACAAAAAUACUGAAAACAUCCUUCAGUUCCAAAAGGCCUGGUUGUUGUUGUUUUGAAUGAAUGUAUGAAAUUUUUUAUUGGCAUCAUCAUCGGUAUCAUUGACAAUCAUUGACAAUUACAAAAUGUGAUAUGAUUUGCCCGAAGGAACCGAAGAAGAAGACAAAGGCGGACGGGAGGAAGCAUAUGCUUAUCAGUUUCCCGUCCCCCAUACAACUAAAGACGCACACUUAGACAUGGUCAGAAUGACACCAAGAAGACCAGGUCCUCAGGUGUGAUCCCAGCAGAAGUGGGCGGGCAGCGGGGGGCUCAUGGCCUCGUCGUGUGAGGACCCCCACUUGGGCACUGGCCCAUCUGAGGAUUCAGAGAUUAACCUGGAUGAUUCUGACACUGGAAGCAUCCUCUCUGAUGAUUCAGUGCUUCCUAAUUUUGAAAGAGAUGACAAGUAUGCAGAGCCGCCAAGAACACUAUAUGAAGCAUGUGUUCGGAAUGAUCCUGUCUCCUUGCGAAGGAUACUAGAGAGAGGCGUUAACAAGGAAGAGGCCAUGGAAUUGGAUAUUAACAGCAGGAAUGGACUGAUGGUGGCGGUGAGCAAAGGAUUUAUAGACGUGAUCACCACACUGCAUGUCUGCCCUCUAAUAGACAUCAACCACCAAGACAACGAUGGCAACUCUGCCCUAAUGAUUGCAGCCCAGGCUGGCUUCGCCACUAUUCUGAACUACAUCCUCAAUUACUACUCUGGUGUGGACACUGAGGUCAGGGAUCCCCGUGGCUUCACAGCUCUAAUCAAGGCAGGCCUUCAGGGCAGAGAAGACUGCGUGUCAGCCCUCCUCAUGCAUGGUGCCGAUAUGAAUGCAAUGGACUACGUUCAAGGGCGCGGCCUGAAAGAUUGGGUCUUGCGGACAGGUAGAUUUGAGACAAUGAACAGGAUACGCUACCUGCAAACUCAUCCCGUCGCUGAGCAGUUUUGUGAUAACUACAAACCUGAGUGGCCAGAGCUCAAGCAGCUGGUGGCAAAGGCGACUGCCAGCAAAAGCACAGGCCAGAAACUGCGGCAGCGCUUGAAAGACAGCUUCACUUUCAGCUUCCCUCAGGACCCCCAAUACAAUGGGGUCAUGGAUCAUAUGGUGCGAAUGACUACGAGCAUCCACAGCCCACUUGUGGUCACUGCUUGCCAUCCGCUGUGUCCCAGCAGCCCCCCGGAAAUUGGGAAGCGGAGGCUGGCUGUUCCCGAACUUCUUGAGAAGCACAGCAGCAAAGAGCUGGAGGAAAGCACAGUGUCUCACAGCAACGGCUCCCUCGCUUCCUUUUCUUCCGGUGCUGCAUCUGUCGCCUCGGUAUCCCUAACCUCCUGCUGCCAGGAGACCGAGCGCAGAGAAAGCGUGCCACCCGGGGGCAUGAGAGGCUUUAUUCCCCGCAGCAUGGCACACAGGAACAGUAUUUUCCCCUCAGGUUGCGUCCCGAAAAUUGAAGUGACCAGAUCUGGUGAACCUACUCCAAAGAAAGAGAAGAAAAAGAAGCGGCAAAAGGGAUACCUGGAGCCUCCUGUGUGGAAGUACAAAGAAGCCAAGGAGGAGAAAAAGAGGGAGAAGAAGAUAAAGGAGCAAGAGAGAAUAGCCAAGGGGUCCAAAAGUUGAGGAUAACCGAACCAGAACUGGAUGUUUUGAUUGAAGAAUUUGGAUUCUGUGGAAAACUAUUUUGAUGCAAAGUUUUUAUGUGCUUCCGGGAUAAAUAUGCAAUAUUGACUGAAUUCACAAAACAUGCCCUGUCUUUCAUUCAUUUACCAAAUUUCAGUGAUUUAUACACCAUAACAAAAGCUUUAAUUGUUAUUUUUGUUUUAAUUAGAAGUAAAAGUCUUACCUGUCCCUGACUGGAAUUAUUGCCACGUAGAAUGUAAUGUGGUACCUUGAUUUACGAUCUCAUCGACAUAGGACCCUUUCGACAUCCGACGUAAACUUUGUCUUGUCAUUUGUCUCGACAUAUGACGACAUGCUUGAAAUACGACAGUUUUAUGACAACGUCGCAAUUUCAUUGUUUUCCUGCAAGACGGACGCACAGCGGAUUUUCUUUUGCGAGAAAUUAACAUUGGUCCCAAGAAGGUUAGUGCAGGUGGUGAAAAAAGGAAAAAGGUGACGCUCAGCAGUGGAAUUAAGAUGGAAAUGAUAGGAAAAUAUGAUCGUGGUGUGCACCGGCCGGAAUACUGUAUGUCUAUGAUCUUCACCGUUCUCCUCCAACCUCUGUUCGCCAAUCUUUAUGAGUUAAAGUGACAAUUAUUAUUGUAGUAACGUCGGCAAAGAAGCCACCAGCUUUGUCAGGUUUUUAAUCAUUAAUUUCAGAACUUUUGCAACACAAAACGACUGCAGUCCGCCAUAGCCGACGCCAACAACAACAUGAAAAGAGAAAGUAAAAUCUCUUCCACACCUCUCUCACUCUGUCGUCAGUCAACUGUUGCGUUCAGGAACAGCAUGCAAAACACAACUGCCACAUUAGAACCCAGUUCGUUACAUAUUUAUUAUAUCAUUAUUCUGAUUUGUAUUCAUAAUUUAUUUGUUUUGUUAUGUGUUAUUGUUAUUUGUAAUUGUACCAACAGUAUUUAUAAACAAUUUAGCGUAGGUUUUUGGGCUUUGGAACGAAUUAGUCGAAUUAUAAUGUAUUCUUAUGGGAAAAUCCCGCUCGACAUACGACCAUUUCGACUUACAAACCAGGUCCUGGAACGAAUUAAAUUUGUAUGUAGAGGUACCACUGUACUGUAUGUAGAAAACAAAUCUCUGAAUUCACUUGACAAGGUUUUCCAAUACUGGGAGCAAAAUCAUUGUUUUUAACCCCAAAUAAUGAGGCCAUAUUUGAGAACAUUUAAUAUCAUAUUAUAAUGGGAAGUUGUAUUGAACACGAUGUACAAUACUUUAUGCUGGAUAUGUUGGCUCAACAAAAAGACUCUCGAAAAAGUAAAACCUACUAGAUGCCUUAUAUGUCCUCAAGGCAGGACUCUUACCACAGCUCUUUAACGUUACUAGCUAGUUCCAUUAGUUCCUAAAAAAUUAAAGCACAUAGUUGUUUACUCUUUGUCUGGUGUGCACAUUUCUAUUCAACAAUUAGAAUCUCAGAAUAAAACAUACGUAUAUCACUUUUUCCCCCCGAGUAGGCGUGGUUGUGAAAAUCAAGUUUGUAAGACACAUAUUUGACUCAUAUAAUGUAUAUACUCUGUGCGUAUGUACAUACACUGCUCAAAACAAUUAUUAGAGGAACACUGCGAAAACACAUCAGAUCUAAACAGGGGGAAAUGAUCUUGAAUAUCUUUCCUGAUAAUAAGUGGGUGAUGUAUUAGUAACAAAAUGAUGCCACGAACGUAAUUAGGAAUUAAAAUGAUCACCCUAAAGAGGGGUAAAUCAGAGACACCCUGAAAAUGAAAAUGAAAAAAUGAUGCAGCAGACUGGUCCAUUUUGCCAAAAUGUCAUUGUAGCGACUCAAAAUGAUUUUCAGUUGUUUGUGUGGUCCCCACCUGCUUAUACCCAUGCUUGACAAUGUUGGGGCAUGCUCCUAAUAGGACAAUGGAUGGUGUCCUGGGGAAUCUCCUCCCAGAUCUUGACCAGGGCAUCCCUGAGCUCCUGGAGUCUGAGGAGCAACAUGGCAGAUGGACCGAAACAUAAUGUCCCGGGGUAAUCUAUUGGGUUUAGGUCUGGUGAACAUGGACGCCAGCCAUUGGUAUCAAUUCCUUCAUUCUCGAGGAACUGCCAGCAUGCUCUAGCCGCAUGAGGUUUGGCAUUGUCAUGGACCAGGUCCCACUGCACCAGCGUAGGUUCUGACAAUGGGUUCAAGAAGAUUUCUAAGCUGUAGAGGUCUGUGCGUCCUUCCAGGGAUAUGUCUCCCCAGACCAUCACUGACCCACCACCAAACCUGUCAUGCUGAAUGACGUUGCAGGCAGCUUGACAUUCUCCACAGCAUCUACAGACACUUUCAUGUCGGUCGCAUGUGCACAAAUUAAACAUGCUCUCAUCAGUAAAGAGCACAGCGCGCCAGUGGCGUAGUUGUGAAUUCUUGCGGUCCCUGGCAAAUGCCAAUCGAGCUCUGGGCAGUGAGCACAAGGCCCACUAAAGGACAUCAGGCACUCAGGCCACACUCGUGGAGCCUGUUUCUGAUAGUUUAAGAAACAUGAGCAUUGACAGUCAGUCCUCCUUGUUUAAAUGAAUUACAUGUCUAUCAUUAUGAAUGGCGGGCAAUGAGUAAUUAAUCUCUUCUUUAUUUAUUUUUAAAACUGUCUUUUUGACAUUUUAAAAAAAGAGGAUUAUUUAUUUGUUGUUGUAAAUGUUGAUUGCCUACAUGUGCCCUGCAAUUGGUUGACAACCAAUUCAGGGUGUACGCUCCUGCCAAUAAUUAGUUUGGAUAGACUCUAGCACCGCCGCAACACCUGUUAACCCCCCCCCCCCCCUC